UGAAAAUAGAGAAAAAAAAAAGAGAGAGAAAAAUGUGCUAGCCAAAUGGCUAGUAAGAAAAAUUCCUACGUUCCAUAGGCUAGGCACGUUUUAAGAAACAAGAGGACUUUGGUUUUGCAGUUUUGGACAUAGCAAGAACUGCUGUAAUGGCGAUGUUUGUCUGUUUCAAACAUUUGGUCUCCAUUACUCCUCUUUGGUCUCCAUUUCCACCAUCAUGAGGCCUCCCAAAGCAAUGGCCCAGGAUUCGUACAAUCGUGGCCAAGAGCAUCCAUUCUUUGCUGGUCUGUUAAGAGGUAAUGAAAGUGGCGGCCGGAGUAUUUCUCGUUCAACAUCAGAUAUUGGAGAUUUCAGAAGUAAAAAAUUUUCAGAUAUCUCUGGAAAGUCCAAGGACUUGCCAAUAAAGGAUUCUGUCUCAGACAUUCUUGAACCCUUCGAGCAGACUGCAUUUGGGACAUUGUGGAAGAUUCCUACAUCAACCUCUUUCGAAUUCCAACGUUCUCAAUUUGAUUCCAGCGUUGAUUCAGGCGGUACAAAUGAUUUAGUGAAAGCAUCCAGUCCCGAUACCUUUGAAACAACUGAAGCACACCAAAGUGUGCCUGUCCUAGCAAGACCUAUAGUUGAAAAAUGAUUUGUUCUGAACUAAAGGAAAUCGAACCUGUCAAAGAUUCCGCCUCCUCAGUCAGCCGCAUCAUUUUAUAAUGGAUAUUCCCCACAAUUUGAAAUUUUGGAAUCAUGUGACAGAACUAUGAGGCUAAAUUUAUACUUGAAAGCUAGAAAGAAUGAUGUGAGUGGCGGUGUUCCGGGAAAAUUCUUGCAUGCUGUAAUUGGCCAGGAUGUUUCAGAUGUUGGAUCCUUAGCUUCAAUCAUCAUGUAUGCUUUCUACUUGAACGAAACACUCGAAAGUGACGAGUUCUGCACUGUACCUAUCAUUAAUAUGAAGAGGGAAGACCUAAGUUCUCAUGCAGAACUAAAAUGGUUGCUGGAUUCAUGUCAUUUUGAUUAUUCAUCCUUAAUCUUUGUAGAUGAGAUUGAUCUUUCAUAUUAUGAUCUGUUUGGGUGUCUCAAGUUAGAUCUACGGAAUGGACACAAGCUCCAAACAAGACAAGUGACACUGAAGGAAGCGGUCGUUGAAGUAUUCAACUGCAGAAAGGCGCAUUUUGGUGAAUCUGUGUAUCCUUGGGUUGAGAAUGUUACUCUUGGUCAGGACUGCUCGUGCUGUACCCUUAUUGCUGAAAAGUUGUUCUUGACUUCACCUGAGCUAUCGGCUGGGCAUGGAUUCAGCAGACUAUUGGACCUAUUGCUCCUAAACCCAGAUAAUUCCAUUUCCUUUUAGUUUCUUUUGUUUUUCUGUUCAAUCAUGAUCUACUAAUUAGACCAUUUUCUUUAUAUAUUUCUCAAAUUUCUCUUUUAGUUUCUUCACAUAUAUCAGUUGAAUCUAAUCAACUUCUUGGACAAUAGUUUCCUGUUCUUUUCAAUUUCAUUUAUUUUUUUUACUUUCUGGUGGACAAAAGGUAUGACUUGGACAAACAUACGAGCGUUUCUAUUCAAUCUUGACUUGGAACCAAAUUUCUCUUCUUAUAUCUGGUUGUUUUUCGAUCAGUUAGCUGGCAUCCUAAUGGACACUGGAAAUCUUACUAGCCCUCAUUGCACAACGAAAGACAAGUACAUGACUACUUUGUUACUCAAUGGUGCUGGUCGCUUUGGAUCCAAUGGUUUUUACCAGAUAAUGAGAUACAAAAUGUAUGAUAUCUCUGAUCUUAAAGUAGUCGACAUAUUGCGCAAGGAUUUUAAGAAGUGGACAAGAGGAGGUAAGCCAGAUGCAACUAGUUCAAGAUUAAUGGUGUCAAACGUUGGGAUGAGUCCAUAGGCAUAUCAAUAGAGCAGUUUCUUGCUCACGAGCAUUCUUCAACAGAAGAAAUCAAAUAUUUCCAGCGGAGUAACUAAGCACACAUUAAUGCAAAUGCAGACAUGCUGUCUGUUCUUGUGCUUUGUCCUUUUUAUUAUUAGCUCUUACAAUGUCUUCUGGUUAUAAACAUUACCUCCAUCAGUUUAUGUGAUGGUGUUUGGCUACAACUUGCUAAUUUUAAUUUGUUGCUAAAUCUCAAGAGUUGGAGAAGCUUCGGUUGCUCAUGAUUGUAUCGGUGUAUUAUGAUGCUGAAAAGAACUUCAAGCUCUAAAGAAAUUAUUGGUUUUAUUAUUUUUGUUUAUUUAUUUACUGAAUUUCUGCUUAUGCAUAUUUUUGUUGUAACUUAGAGGGAGAUACUGGUCUCUGCUGAAACUACGGAACUUAUGAGGAAUCUGCUCUCCGUCUUAAGUUCAAAUGCCUCCCAUCUGCCACUCAAAGCUAUGCAUCAACCA